ACGUGUGGUUGAAAACGAGUGGAUAUGUGUCUUUUUAUUGGAACCCUUUAAGUUGCCUGCUGAAAAUGUGAAUAUACACUAAAAAUAAUUUUAUCGGACUUCAAUGAAAAUUGCUCCUCGUUUAAAAGACCAAAAUACACAUAAACAUAGAGCGAAAUGAUAUCAGAAGCAAAACGAAGAAACCGAUGAAAUUCUCAAAUUUCGGAAGACCGAUUAUCACUCCAAAAAGUCUAUUGACAACAUCUUCGGACGAGGCUCCUGCCAAAAAGUCAAAAUAUACUGCUAAGAUAGAUGAGCAAUUGAAAGUCCUACAUGCUGCGUUGCAGAUGCAGACAUUUGGUUCAGUCAGGUGGUUCCAAGUUAAGAGAAUUUCUUAACUUUGGACUGAAAGAGAUGAUGACCGAUGAAUUGGUUUUUCAAUUUACCUGGGUUGGGGGCGAAAACAGUUUAAUAUUUAGCGACACCAGGGUGUCAAACAUUUUGUAUCAGGCAGCUCAAAGGUGUUCCCAGUUCAAUGGGCCAGGCGACCGAGCACACUUUCAGAGUAAAAUGCUGGAGGUUCUAAGAACAACGAAGCAGCACUAUAGGAAUUUGAAGAAGAAGGUGCUUCUCAAAAAUCAAAGGGCUUUGGAUGGAAAUGAGAAGGACUUGUUAAAACAGAUUGCGGUUUUGGAAGCACAAAAGGGUUCAGCAGGAGAAGAAAACCUUUCCGACCACGAUGGUUCCUUCGGGGAUGACGAAUAUGAUACAUAAAUAUGACAAACUAGUUUGAAAAAUAUCAUUUAAAAAAUGUAAUAGAGCACGGUGAGCCUCAACCAAUUUUAAUUAAAAAACAU